UCUCUUCAUCUCUCAUAAGCCCAUGCACACAUUUUGACACCACACUUUUUUUAGACCAACCCGUCCAAACCUUCGCCCAACUCCUUAAAUUCCUCCUCUUCCCCUCUUCUUCACUCGUUUGUCUCAUCUUCUUUCUUUCUCCUCAUGGCUUCUUCCACCGGGAGUUUAGAUGCCUCAUCCAAUUCCCACCCGGCCUCUUUCUCCUUCUCCUCCCCGUUUGCGACCUCCACCUCCGAGCUCCUCGCUCGAGUUGGCGAUGAUAACGCCGAUGACCGAUCGAGGAUUCCGGCGAGGCGAGGGCUGUCGGACCGGGCAGGCUCCGGCGGGGGAGGCAUACCCAAGUUCAAGUCUAUACCUCCGCCCUCGCUGCCUAUCUCCCCUCCUCCUUUCUCUCCUUCUUCCUAUUUUGCCAUCCCGGCUGGUCUAAGCCCUGCUGAGCUCUUGGACUCUCCAGUCCUCCUUUCCUCUUCUAACAUCUUGCCAUCUCCAACCACUGGGACUUUUCCUUCGCUGGCUUUCAAUUGGAGAACCAAGUCGGCUAAUCCUCAACCAGGCAUCAAGGAGGAAAACAGGGCCUGCUCUGAUUUCUCUUUCCAGCCCCACACAAAGCCCAUGAACUCCCAAUUCGCAUCCUUCCAACCUUCUUCGGCCGCAGUUACUACGGAAGAGGCCUUCAAAGGACAUCAUCAACUAUGGAGUCACCAUGAGACCAGCAACAAUAAUUCUGAGCUAUCCUCACAGAAAAGCAACAUUAAAGGUGAACACAUGGUGCCGAUCCGAACUAGUUCUUCAGAAAUUCCAAAUCUGCAGGCUAAUUCCCAGGGAAACAACAACGGCGGGUGCCAAUCAGAUUACAAGCACUGCAGUCAAGCUGCUCAGACCCUUCGGGAGCAUAGAAGGUCGGAUGAUGGCUACAAUUGGAGAAAGUAUGGACAGAAACAGGUGAAAGGAAGCGAGAAUCCGCGGAGCUACUACAAGUGCACCUACCCGACUUGCCCGACAAAGAAGAAGGUGGAGAGAAACAUGGACGGGCAGAUCACUGAGAUUGUGUACAAGGGCACCCACAACCACCCAAAGCCUCAGCCCACUAGAAGGAAUUCAGCUUCUUCUCAGGCAAUUCAGGGUUCCGUCCCUUCUGAAGCAUAUGAUCAUUCGUUCGGGGGCCAAGCAGGCACCCCGAUCGACUCCGUCGCAACACCUGACAAUUCCUCAGUUUCCUUUGGUGAUGAUGACAACAAUAUGAGCUCGCAGAGGAGCAAUUCCAGGGGAGAUGACUUUGACGAAGACGAGCCUGAUGCCAAGCGUUGGAAGAAAGAAGGUGAGAAUGAGGGGAUAUCAGCUUCAGGAAAUAAGACAGUGAGGGAACCUAGGGUGGUGGUUCAGACCACGAGCGAUAUCGAUAUCCUUGAUGAUGGGUAUCGGUGGAGAAAAUAUGGGCAGAAGGUGGUGAAGGGGAAUCCAAACCCAAGGAGCUACUACAAAUGCACAACUAUGGGUUGCCCGGUGAGGAAGCAUGUGGAGAGGGCAUCGCAGGAUCUAAGGGCGGUGAUCACGACGUAUGAGGGCAAGCACAACCAUGAUGUUCCUGCAGCUCGGGGAAGCGGGGGGCACGCAGUUACCAGGUCUUUGACAGACAACAACAACAACUUCAGCAUGGCAAUAAGGCCUUCAGCCAUAGCCAGCCAUGCAAACCACGUCGCUGCUAGCUCUCUCUUCGGGGGCCGGCUCCAUGCAUCGGAAAGCCAAUCUCCAUUUACACUAGAGAUGCUGCAGAGCACGGGGAACUACGGUUACUCUGGAUAUGAAAAUUCGAUAAAUUCCUUCGUGAAUCAGCAGCAGCAGCAGCAGCAGCAGCAGCAGCAGCAGCAGCGACACAUGGAGAUUAUGUUCCCUAAAACUAAAGAAGAACCAAGAGAGGACAUGUUUCUCGAGUCAUUGCUAUGCUGAAAAUGGUUUGAGGGAACUCGGAAGGAUCACAGUCAGUUGUGUUGAUCAGGAUUAUUUGGCGUAUUUUGUAGGGCUUUGUUGUAAAUUAAAAGUGAUAUAGAGAAAACCUAGUGUCAUUUGUUCAUUUGUUUGAGGCGCUUUUGUUUUCCAGACCAGGCCUCUGAUGCUCCUAUAUCACUAUGUUGUAAAACAGAGGAAGGAGAACACAGGUUAUUUGAAUAUGUUAUAUGGCUCCAUCUUA